GUGAAAGGUGACUAUUUUAGCAUUUCUGAACAAAAUUCGGAUGCUCAACAAGACAGGUUUACCUUACAAGUGCAGCAUCGGUGAUGCAACAGAGUCCACAUGGCAAUCUUAGAGGCUACCACUAACUAAAUACUCCCUUCAGAAUCUCACUCUCCAUUCCAGUUUUCCCCAGUAGCUAUUCCACCGUUCCUCGCUCGAUUCUAAUGGCGUCUUCCUCAGCUCUGAAUUCCUCUGCAACUCUCAACUCCACUCGUUUCCGGGACUCCCAUCACUCAACCAUUGCUGCUCCUCUCCGGUUCUCAUCGCUUCGCACCAAUCUCACCCACUGUUUCCCUCUUCCACGCAGCAAUCUCACUCUCAAAGGGCGAUCCUCUCCGGCGUCCCAUUUCCCGAUCGUCAGAGCUCAAUCCUUUCACGAAUACGUACCAGAGGCAAAAUUUUACAAGGUGGAGGCAAUUCUCAGACCGUGGAGGGUCCAAAAAGUUUCUUCGGCACUUCUGGAAAUUGGAAUCCGUGGUGUAACCAUUUCUGAUGUUCGGGGGUUUGGCGCUCAAGGUGGAUCAUCAGAGAGGCAUGCAGGUUCUGAAUUUUCUGAGGACAACUUUUUGGCAAAAGUUAAGAUGGAGAUUGUCAUCAGCAAAGACCAGGUUGAAGUAGUCAUAGAAAAGAUAAUUUCAGAAGCUAGGACUGGCGAGAUUGGCGAUGGCAAAAUUUUCUUGAUCCCUGUUGCAGAUGUGAUAAGAGUUCGAACUGGGGAGAGGGGAGAAAAGGCAGAGAGGAUGAUGGGAGGAAGAGCGGACAUGAUUGGGUUGUCGAAUGCAUGAGGCAGUGGCAGUGUGCGGAGUUACAUUCCAGCCAAAUACAGAUAUGCUGUGUUUUAUGUUUGCUAAGAGGAUCUUUGUGCUUGAAAAUAUUUGUGAUGAUGCUCUUGGAUUUUUGUUGUUAUGACAAUUAAUCUUUGGUGGCACUCUUAUUACUCUGCCCCAGCUAAGAUGUCUAAUGGUUGUGUUACAGCGAUCUCAAGCGUUUUAGUUGGAAUGUGGAAAGUGUUUAUGGGACGUGAAGUGAAUGGAGUCCUGGGAUGAUGUUAUAGGAAUAUAGAACGUUGCUAUUUUAAAAAAAUUGCUACAAAGGAAAAGAAUAGGAUGAUGGAUUUAUGGUGUUUUAUUCUCCUGAGUCCUGAGUCCUGACAAACUCUCUAAUCAAACUGGUUUUGCAGUAAUGAUAUUUAAAUUUCAAAUAAUUUGAAAAUAACACUAUAAUUACAGUAUAGUACAAAAAACGUUGUACAUGGUUUAUUUGUAUGUCAGCGGAACAACUAUGAGUCUAUGACGCUAAUAAUUUUUACAUGGAAGGAAAUGGAGAAAAGGGGCAAAUAAGGCCACGUACUAACCAAAAAAGGUCAAAUAAGGCCUAUUUAGGAGACUCUGUCUGGCCGUCGCCAUUUGGGGUGGUUCCCGAUGGAAUUUUUUGAUGAAAUUUUUUGAGCAUCUUAUUCAUUAA